CGCUUCAAUCUUACCUACACGCUUCCUCUCAAUCCUUGAACACCAAUUGUUGCUCUAGCGCCUAUCCUUCACUCAUCACUCGCCUCGUACACUAAACUCUUCAUCCCGAACAGACACGGCUUGACACAAUGGCACCGCCACCGCUCUCCUACACCAAGGUGGCUCACUCAACCACCUACCCUGCCAUCUCUCCUAGCUCGCCCGCCCUGUCAACUAAUGGCAAGGUCGUCCUCAUCACCGGUGCCUCUGGCGGCAUUGGCCGUGCCACCGCCGCCUCCUACGCCGUCUCGGGACCGCGAGCUCUUAUUCUUCUUGGACGCCGUUCUGAUGCCUUGGCCGAAACUGAGGCCCUCGUGCGGUCCAAGAACGCCGAUGUCGUCGUGCAGACUCACAAGGUCGACCUUUGCGACGCACCAGCCGUCCGCGACGUCUUCAACAAGGUGGCAGCCGAAUUCGGCGGCAUCGACAUUGUGAUUCAUGCUGCUGGCGUCCUGGCCCCGGUUGUUCCCCUUGUUGAAGCUGAUCCCACCACUUUCCUCGAUGGCUACAAGACGACCGUUGUGGGAACGCUGGUGGUGGCACAGGCUGCCGUCCUGGCCAACAAGGAGAAGGAGUUUACACUCGUCAAUCUCACAACUGCGGGCAUUCUCUUCCCGCCUUUCCCCGGUAUGGGUGCCUACGUGAGCAGCAAGAUGGCGGCCGUCAAGCUCCUCCAAUCCUUUGCUGCCGAGAACCCUCAAGUGCGCCUUCACAACGUGCACCCUGGAUUCCUCGACACUGCCAUGUCUGCCCAGUUGUCCAAGACUACCAAGCUGCCCUUUGAUUACGACGACAUCUCUCUUCCCGCAGACUUCCUCGUCUGGAUUGCUUCUCCCGAGGCCAAGUUCCUCAACGGCAAGCUUGUCUUUUCUGCCUGGGACGUUGAUGAGCUCAAGAGCCGUGAGAAGGAAAUCGUUGGGGGCCCUCCUGGAACCGGCGAGCUGUGGCUCAGCUUCUCGGGAUUCCCGCGAUACAUUGGGGGCAACCUUCUGCCUGGUGCGUAAGAAGCUGGUAUGACCGAGCUUAAGCCAGGGAUAUCUAUUGAUGAACAGGACGCUCGACUAUGGGACUUUACCAAAGAAAAGAUGCCGGUCUCCAGUAGCGCGUGGGCGAGAGGAGCAGAGACACUCUAGAUAGCACUACAAUGAACAUUCAUCUCUCAACCC